UCGGACUGCAGCUCGUCCUCAUCACAGCAGCAGCCGCCCAUUCGUUAACAGCAAUCUGACACGACAUCCCAUCAUCACCAUGGCAUCUACCAUCUCAUCCAAGUAUCAAGAAUUGGUCUCCAGAAGCAGGCUGAUCUCAGGAGGACGUCCCAACGUCUACCAGCUGGAACCCACCAAGAAGGAGUCUGGCGCUCUGACCAGACUGACUUUUGGAGAGAGAAACCUGAACAGACCCAAUAAAACCAUCCUGCUGGUUGGUGAAAGAGGAACUGGAAAGUCGACACUGAUCGAUGUUCUGUUCAACCACAGCAUGGGAGUGACGUGGGAGGAUGAAGUCUGGUUCCAGCUGGUGGAGGAGAGCUCUGAUCAGAGUGAGAGUGCCACCUCAGAUGUUAUUGUGUACCAGAUCUUCGGAUAUGAAGGUACCGCUCCAGCCAACUCUCUGACCAUCAUCGAUACUCCGGGAUUCGGAGACAUUGAAGGGAUUGAACACGACGCCAUCAUAAGUGAAAGACUUCUGGACAUGAUUCGAGUGGAGGACGGUGUGUGCAGCCUUGACGCGGUGGGUCUGGUGGUGAAGUCCAGCGUGAAUCGUCUGAGUGACCGACUGUCGUACACCUUCAACUCAGUGAUGUCUCUGUUUGCAAAAGACAUGGAGAGAAACAUUGUGGUUCUGGUGACUCACUCAGAUGGAAUCACACCUCAAAAUACUCUUCAGGCUCUCGAUGCAGCCAAAAUCAAAUGUGCGAGGAACGAGAAGAACCAGCCAACUCACUUUCUGUUUAACAACCAACAGAAAAUAGAGAGAACAGAGGAAGAUGAAAAAAGUUUGGAGCAUGCAUGGAGAAUCUCCAAGAGAGGGAUGGACCAGUUCACCGCCUUUUUAGAUAGAACGACUCCUCAGGAACUGGAAGAAACGGCUGAAGUCCUGAAUGAACGUGUUUGUCUGGCAGCCUGCAUCCAAAACCUGCAGGAGCAGAUCCAUCUGACUGAGCUGAAGAGACAAGAGAUCCAGCAGAAGCAGGAAGCUGUGAGAAAACAUGAAGAAGCAAUGGCACAAAAUGAGAACUACGAGGGUUUUAUAGAUGAGUCAAACAAAGAUACAGAGGAGAUUCCUGGAGGCCGGUACAAGGACUCAGACUCGGGCUCGGACCCGGGCUCGGGCUCGUGCUUGUGCUUGGGCGGCGUCAUGGGCAGCAUCAUGGUCGGCGUUAUGGUCGGCGGCAUCUUAGCCAACAGUGUUGGCAACAGUGAGGGCAACGUUGAGGUCGGCGCUAUGGUCGGCGCUAUGGUCGGCGCCGUGGGCAGUGCCAUAGGUGGCAUCGUGACCGGCGUCUUGGACGACAAGUGUCCUGCACGGGAUCACGUCAAAGACACAUGGAAAUCCAUCACUAAGACACGGAAAGAGCCAAACACUGAUGAACUCAUGAAAGAGGAGUCUCUAAACCACAACAUAAAAAAACCCCUGUUAGACAUACUGAGAGAUGAGGAGAAGAAAUUGCUGGAGGACAAGUGGCGGCUGCUGGACGACGCCUACCAACAUGUGGUCCAUCUGGAUCAGAUCGCUCUCAAUGUCAACUCAGUGUCCACCUGUGUCCACUACGACUUCCUGAUUGAGCACAUGUCAGAGAAAGGAGACCAGGAGAAGGCCCAAAAACUGGAGGGGAUGAAGAGUCGAAUAGACGACCAAAGCAAGUCAGCGGCCGCCUACGCAGAGACGAGCAGCACAGGACUGACAAAACGAAGGAAGGCGGAACCGGAGCUGCAGUGAGUGUUGUGUCUGAGAGAGGAGCUGUGGUUUUCAAGUGUUCUCUGAUGUUCUUUCAACAUGAAUACAGGAAAGGUGUGUGCUGUAGAAGUGGUGUGGGUUGAUAAUAAUAAUAAUAAUAAUAAUAAUAAUAAUAAUAAUAAUAAUUUAUUCAAUUUAAAAGCGCCUUUCACAACACCCAAGGACGCUGACCAUUAAAACACCGAAAAAAAAUUACAAGCAGUUUUAACAACAUAAACAAAGGGCAACAACAUUGACUGGUGAGUGCGACUAUGAGCCAUUGUUGAAGUAGGACUGUCUGAAGAGGUGAGUUUUGAGUCUGGCUUUAAACAGUGACAGGAAGUCAAUGGUGCGGAGGUCUGGAGGGAGAGCGACUGAAUGCUCUGUGCCCUACGGAGACGAGGCGGGCAGGGGGAACGUAAAGCUGGAGGCUGGAGGAAGAGCGGAGUGAACGGACAGGAGUGGCGAUGUGGAGGAGGUCAGAUAUGUAAGGUGGGGCCAGGUUAUGGAGUGCUUUGAAUGUAAUGAGAGGUGUCUUAUAGUUAAUUCUCUGUUUUAUUGGAAGCCAGUGGAGUUGUUGUAAGAUGGGGGUGAUGUGGUGAAUGGCGGGAGUCCGGGUGAUGAGGCGAGCUGCAGAGUUUUGGAGGAGCUGCAGUUUCUGGAGGGAUUUGUUGGGGAGACCAAGGAGAAGUGCGUUGCAGUAAUCAACUCGGGAGGUGACAAGGCUGUGGAUGAGGAUGGCAGUGGUUUGAGAAGUGAGGAAGGGUCGGAGACGAGAGAUGUUGCACAGGUGAAAGUAUGCAGACCGAGUAAUGUUAUUGAUGUGGGAGUGGAAAGAGAGUGUACCAUCAAGGAUGACACCCAAGCUCUUGACCUGGGGGGAGGGAGGGACAGUUGAGUUGUGGAUGGAAAUGGAAAAACUGUUGGAUUUGGAGAGAGUGGAGGGGGUGCCUACAAGGAGGACUUCGAUUUUAGAACUAUUUAGUUUCAGGAAAUUGAGAGUGAACCAGGAGUGAAUUUCUUGUAGGCAGAGGGAAAGGGAGGCUGGAGGAAGUGAUGAAGAUGGCUUGGUAGAGAGGUAGAGCUGGGUGUCAUCCGCGUAGCAGUGGAAAUUUAUAUUGUGUCUACGGAAGAUGUGAACAAGCGGGAGAAUGUAAAUGAUGAAGAGAAGGGGACCCAGGACAGAACCCUGGGGCACGCCGGCAGAGACAGAGAAGUUGUUGGACUUAGGAGAUUUGAGUUGGGAUGAAUUGUGUGCAGUCAGAAAGAUAGGAGGUGAACCAAGCGAGGGGUAUUUGGGAGAUGCCAAUGGAUGAAAGUCUGAGAAGCAGAGUGCUAUGAGAAAUGGUGUUGAAUGCUGCUGAGAGAUCAAGGAGGAUGAGAAUGGAAAGUGAACCAGAGUCUGAGGCUAAAAGGAGGUUGUUGGGGAUUUUGAGGAGUGCUGUUUCAGUACUGUGUAGGGGACGGAAGCCGGAUUGAAACUGCUCGUAGAUGUCGUUGGAGUUGAUGGACCAAAGAAAAUAAUGAGUUUUUUUUUGCACUUUCUUACUUUUGGGUUAGUUUGAAGUUGGUUUUGGGACAUCCAGGAUGUGACUGAAGUGAGACGAGAUUUAAGAGGACUGAAACUGCUUGGAUGUGUGGGUUUGAAGGGCAUGUUUAACUGCGAGUCUUUGGCGGAGAGGUGAUAACGUACACUGUGAGUUGCUAUGAUCUUGGCCACGGGCAAGAAGUAGAUUGUAAACAGAAGGGAUCCAAAGACUGAGCCCUGCGGCACCCCACAGGUCAACUGAGCGGUUGAGGGUGAGCAGUCACCGAGUACGAUUAAGAAGGUUCUGUUACAAGGCUGAGAGCUCGACCCUUGAUCCCGAUCCAGUCCUCGAGGUGGUGUAGAAGUAAGCUGUGGUCGAUGGUGUUGAAUGCUGCCCUUUAAAUCUAAAAGAACGAAAACAGAGCUGUUGCCUCCAUAGAUAUGUAUGUAAAGGCCAGAUGCUUGAUGGUGGAGUUUCAAACGACAUCACUGGCGGCCAUCUUGCUACAGGUAGCUUGUGAACAAAGCAAAUACCCUUGCUUUGAUGAAAUAUUGAUGGAUUUAGUUCAUGUUCAUUUGAACACUGUUCUUAAACGCAAAAGGACUCUUUUAUCAUUAAAACUCCACAGAGAGCGUGCAUCCAGCCCGCCCACCACCGUUAAUAUGGCGCUGCUGAAUGUGCGCUCUCUUUUAAAAAAAUCCUUUAUUAUUAAUGAUGUUCUUUUAGACAAUAACUUAGACAGUCUGCUUUUAACUGAGACAUGGCUUGGCACUGACGCACCUGUUAUCCUCACCGAGGCUUCCCCACCGAGUUUGAACUUUUUAUUUUCAACCAGACAGGGUAAGAGGGGUGGAGGUACUGCUUCCAUUAAAAAAAAACAAAACUCAUUUAGCACGUGUGCAGUGGCUUUUAAUAGUUUUACAUCCUUUGAGCACCACGUGUUAUGGACCCCAUAUGGACUGCUGUUUAUAAUUUCAUUGUGUUCCCUGUAUAUUGUUUGGCGCCCCCUGCUGGCAGUUGGGCGGUGGGGCCGCUUCUUCAGUCCCAGCAUUACGUCACUCCAGUACGUCGUUGAGAGCGGAAGUGACGGCAACUAGGAGACCAAUUUGACAGCUAUGCUGCGGAGGAAGCGUUUUUGUUUUUCCUUUCUCUGUCGACCUUCAUGGUUUGUUAAGAUGCAAUGUCUGUAAGUAUAUAUGUCCAGAAGGUUUAUAUUAAUAUUGAGAAUACAUUAUUUGUGAAGUUUAACUGAUAGUUGUUAAUUUGUUUAUUAAGUUGUUCACUAAGUCAGAUGUUGUGAAGACUGUCUGUGGCUGUGUAUUUUUAUGCAUAUCUGUACUUCAUAAUUACUUACCUGUCAUGAUUAACUGUAAAUGAGAAAAAACUUAUUAUUUACUGUAUUUACAAAGUAUGUACUUGCCUGAUGUAUUGUAUAUGUGCCUGUAUUUGUUACAGUUUCACACUGAGGUUCAGUAAAUCAUCAAUACAAGCCCUGGCUUCCCUGGUGUUAUUGAGCCCUGUGUUUAACUGACUGGGUGGUGAGACCAGUACACCACGCCUUUGUUUUUAGCAGUCCCCCGAUCCUGUGUUUAACAGUAUACAGACCCCCUCAGUACUCUAGUCUUUUUAAUAGUGAAUUUUCAGAACUUUUAACAAUAAUUUAUUCUAAAUAUGGUAGAAUUUUAAUAACUGGUGAAUUUAACCUACAUGUUGACGACAUCUCGGACUCUAUGUCCAGAGAAUUUUUAAACCUUUUAAACUGUUUAGAUUUUAAGCAGCAUGUCACACAGCCAACUCACAACAGAGGACACACCCUGGACCUGGUUCUAACCCGGUCUGUCCAUCAGUGUGU